CCCCGACCUCUUUUCCCAGUCGCCUUUGCAAGCUCCUCAUUUACUGAUUAAUACAUUUACAUAUGUACAUAUUUGAAUUAUCUUAAGCAAAGCAAUAUAGAUGAAGGAUUAUAUGGUUAAAAUAUUAUUUAAUAUUCGAGGGAAUAUAUGUGUUAAUAAAAUGUAGGCCAAAAAGAAUGGAGUACCAGUAAGGAAGGAUAAAAAUUCAUUACACACUUGGUGUAAAAUCGAUCUUCGGGAUAGAUCGCACAGUUUUGUGAUCUAUAUUUUUGUAAAAAUGGCCGACUUGGAGGCUGUGUUGGCUGAUGUCAGCUAUCUCAUGGCGAUGGAGAAGUCUAAAUCAACUCCAGCCGCCAGAGCAAGCAAGAAAAUCAUCCUUCCUGAUCCAAGUGUGAAGAGUGUUAUGAAUAAACAUUUGACGAAAAUGGGUGAAAUAAAGUUUGACAAAAUAUUUGGACAAAAAUUAGGAUUUUUAUUAUUUAAGGAAUAUUGUGAACAAAUCUGUGAUGAAUCUGUCCCUCAGUUAAAGUUUUAUGAAGAGAUUAGAAAAUUUGAAAAACUAGAGACAGAUGAAGAAAGAAUAAAAUUAGGAAAAGAAAUUUACGACCAAUUUAUAAUGAAAGAACUUUUAUCACAAUCACAUACAUAUACAAAAGAAGCUGUAGAUUCUGUAAAAGAAGCCUUAACAUUAGCACAAAGAAAUAAAACUCUAAAUCCACACAUUUUUGAACCAUAUAUAGAAGAAAUUUGCAAUACAUUGAGAGGCCAUAUAUUUGAUAAAUUUCUAUUAAGCGACAAAUAUACAAGGUUUUGUCAAUGGAAAAAUUUAGAAUUAAACAUUCAGUUAACCAUGAACGACUUUAGUGUACAUAGAAUUAUAGGAAGAGGUGGUUUUGGCGAGGUAUAUGGAUGUCGGAAAGCAGAUACAGGGAAAAUGUAUGCAAUGAAAUGCUUGGAUAAGAAGCGUAUUAAAAUGAAGCAAGGAGAAACAUUAGCAUUAAAUGAAAGAAUAAUGUUAUCUCUAGUCAGUACAGGGCAAGAAGGCAGCCCAUUCAUUGUGUGUAUGACUUACGCUUUUCAAACUCCAGAAAAAUUAUGUUUCAUCUUGGACUUAAUGAAUGGAGGGGAUCUACACUAUCAUCUGUCUCAGCACGGAGUGUUCUCAGAGAGGGAAGUCAGGUUUUAUGCAGCAGAAGUUAUUCUGGGAUUAGAACACAUGCAUAAUAGAUAUGUUGUCUAUAGAGAUUUAAAGCCUGCUAAUAUAUUACUAGAUGAAAAUGGUCAUGUACGAAUAUCAGAUUUAGGUCUGGCUUGUGAUUUUUCCAAGAAAAAACCUCAUGCAAGUGUAGGUACACAUGGAUACAUGGCUCCAGAAGUUUUAUCCAAAGGUACACCAUACGAUUCCAGUGCUGAUUGGUUCUCCUUUGGCUGUAUGCUGUAUAAAUUAUUAAAAGGACACAGUCCAUUUAGGCAACAUCGGACCAAAGACAAACAUGAAAUAGACAGAAUGACCAUGACAAUGAAUGUUGAGUUACCAGAUUCCAUGUCUUCAGAAAUGAAAACAUUAUUAGAAGCUUUAUUAUGUAGAAAUGUGGAAGAUCGAGUUGGCUGCAUGGGCAGAGGAGCUAUUGAAGUUAAAGAACAUCCAUUUUUCCGUGGCAUAGAUUGGACUCAGGUUUAUUUACAAAAAUAUCAGCCCCCAUUGAUACCUCCCAGGGGAGAAGUUAAUGCAGCCGAUGCUUUUGAUAUUGGUUCAUUUGACGAAGAAGAUACCAAGGGCAUAAAGUUAACUGAGGCAGAUCAGGAUUUGUACCGAAAUUUUCCAUUGUUGGUAUCAGAACGAUGGCAACAGGAAGUAGCUGAGACUGUUUUUGAUGCAAUUAACGCUGAUACCGAUAAACUAGAAUUAAAACGUAAACAAAAACCAGGGUCAGAUUCUUCUUACUACCAGCAAGAUGGACCAACAGACUGUAUAGUGGAAGGUGAAGUACUGAAAUUAGGUGGACCAUUUCUUCAAGCCUGGCAGAAGAAACAUUUAAAGCUGUAUCCAAACCGUUUAGAAUUUUAUCAUAAAAAUAGAGAUGGACAGAUAGUCUAUGGUAAAGGUGUAGAGCUUGUUUCAAUGUUAGAUAUCAAAGACAUAUAUCCAGAUUUCCAAAAGUUUAACAAGACUGAAAAUUGUAUUGUGAUAGUCCUGAAAACUGACACCAAACUAAUUAUAACAUCACCAGAUAAGGUGCUAAUCACUCAGUGGAAGGAUGAAAUCAUUAAUGGACAUAAAACUUCUCUACAAAUUAUGUCAAAUAUGACCAGCAAAGGUUUCAAGAUUUACGGUGCUUUAACAAACAGUCCAAGCACCGAAAAUUUUAAACCUCCAUUGGAACAUCGUAACAGUAAUGGAAGCUAGACCACUGUUCUCUUUAGUAGUGUUAUCUAGAAAGAAUAUUUGGAUACGAGUUUACAUUGAGCGAGUUCUAGAAACAUUCUUCAUAUCUCACAUGCAACUUAAUACUACGUGAGACAUGGCGUACACACAGCGCCAUUUAUCAUGUAAUGUUUCUUCAAGUAGAUCUCAUGGUGCCAAGGAUUCUUAUUUUAACCUUUAAUUAAACAGCCUGUGAGCAAGCAUUGAAGUGAUCCAGAUGGAUUACAAACUGUGGAUUUAUAGAUGGCGCCACAGGUUGUGUGUAAUACACCAAAGUUGUUGUCUCAAUGUGGAUGUGGAUUUGUAGUGAUAGCGUGUCAGAGAUUUUAUACGAACAGGUGGAUUUUAUUUUAGUUUAUGACUGUGAUCUGUUUGUUUUGUUUUCUAUUAGCAAAAUAACCGUAGCUCUUUUUCAAAGUAAAAAGUUACGACUAAAAUUUGAUUGUAAGUUAAACUGAUAUAGUUAUGACUUACUAGCAUUUUUUUGUAAGAUUUAUGUGACAAGAGCCGCUGAAUUUUUUUUCAUAUAGCUGUAAGUGUUUGCUACCUCGAUGUAUAUCACAUGAUAUGGGACGACACAAAGUCUGCUCGUUAUAAAUAUAACAUUGUUACAUCAUCAUUUAUUCCUUUUCAACAGUUCUCUGUAUAAAUGUGGUUUUCGUAAUGGAAUCUCCUGUGAAAAGAUAUUUCAUUGGUUAACGGAUGUCAAUGAACUAUUGUAAUAACAAUGGGUACAAACAGAGCUAACUGAAUAUUUAUGCUAAAUUAAUUGAUAUAAUAAAUAUAUUUAUUUCUAUAAUAUAAGAUAAAAAAUCUCAGGAUGGGAAAAUAUUUGACCUGAGUGUUACCUGAUGUGCAAAAUUUGGUGAUAUGAUAAUAAUAUUUUCAAUUUUCUGUAUGUGAUACCAACCAGAUUUUAUGACAAGUUUUUUUUAUUGUUUAGAAAAAACACAAUAUUUCGUAUUAAAGACAUGACCAUAAACUGAGCAAAAAACGUGAACAUUUUUGCAAUUAAUUUAUGAAUAUCUUUUUUGUUACUAUUUUGAAUCUCAAUGAAAAGAUUAAUAUUUUUAUUUACAUGUUAUAGUGCUUCAUAAUGACUGUUUGGCAUAAAUUAUAAAUAUAGCUUAGACCUUUUGAUUCUUAAGCCCUUCAAACAUUCUGUUCAAAGUGUACACAUCAAUGAUAUUUUUUUUAAAGUUUAUAUCUUAGGGGCUGCAGUAUUAUCGAGCUUUCUACAAAUUCCAAUGAUAAAUAGAGCACAGAUUGUAUUAUAUAGGAAGAAACAAAAUCAUAUAUUUAGUGAUAUGCAUUAUAUCAUAAAUGAAAAUUAUUUCAUAAUCUGUUAGAAUUAAAAAAUAAUUAUAUGACUGGUCUACCUACUAUUAAAAGGUCUGAGACACUGAUAUUUUGUAUAGCUUUAGUUUGUUAGACAGAAAAUUAGUCUACAAUUUCUAUUAAGAUCUCUCUUAAUGAUGAUUUGUAUUUUUGGAUGUAGGUUUAAUGGGUUUUGUUUGGGGUUGUUUUUCUCGAGAGGGGUGAUGAGAACUAGCUUAGCAUUGAGAAACAAAAACUGAUUUUUCUUAAAUUAUUGAUAUAUCUUUAUUCCUUCUUGUUAAAUAUUUAAAUACAAAGAUGACAUUUUUUUAUAAUUUUCAAUUUUGAAAUAUACAAAUUCAUUUCACCCCUUGUUUAAAGUCAUUCUUAAGAGGAAACUUUCCCCCCAUAUUUGAUCUUUCAAGGGCAUUAUCAAAUAACAAUUACAAUGAAAUUAUUAUCAAAAUACAAAAAGAAUAAUAAUGGGUUUCAAUGUAUAUUUAAAUAUUUUCUUUAGUAAUUCAGUAAUAAUGUAAAAAAUUAUAAAUCCACAGUCAUUUCCUAAAUUUUCAUGUACAUGUAUUGGCUAUUUUCUUACUCUAGGAACAGACAAAAUAGGAGCCAUAUUAAAUGAAAAUUAUAUAUGAAACUUAUCAUCUUGGAAAUACUAGUUGAUUGCUCAGUAUUUUCAUAACAACUAAUAUUAUGGUCGCAUAAUGAUGGGCAAAGUGCAAUAAAUAACAACCUCACUUAUAUAGUGCUUAAUAUUAGCUUGUGGCAUGAUGUCUUGUCUGUGCUGGCAAUAUAGAUUAUAGUUAGCUUGUGGCAACAAGUCCACUAACACUCUCUGUUCUAUGUAUGUGUGCAAAAUAUCAUCUAUAGAUUAUAUAAUGUAGGAUUAUGUGAAAAUUAAAUAUAGCUCUGACUCACAACAGUGCAAAAGCAAUGUAGAAUUUAUCUUUGUGGUUAAAAUAUAAUGUUUAUAAUCUUGUUAAGGUGGUACCCAACACUUUCCCUAAAAUAAAUUUGGCUCGUUUAAUUUUCAUAAAAUUAUGACAAAGUAUUUCACUCUGACCCUUUAACAAAAAAUUCAAAAAUUUUGAACCAACCGUUUGGUCAGAAAAAAUACACUGGUUAUAUAGCAAUUUGACAAACACCAGUUUUGAUCAUUGAGAAGCUUAUUAUUCCCUUUACAACACAACAUUAUUAAAACGUAAAGCUGACUUUACAGAGUUAUCGCCCUGUAGUGUUUGGUACCACCUUAACAUUAAAAAUUCAACACCUAUUCAUCUAGUCUCUGCGCUCUUAAAAUCUGUGCAGAUGGUUUACUUUUAUAACUUGGAUGGAGAGUUGUCUCAUUGGCAUUCAUACCACAUCUUCUUAUAUCUAGAUGAUUUCAUAAUCAUUAUUAUGUAGAGUAAAUUAAGACAUAGUGUUUGAAAAAUGCUUAGUUUGUAUUGUCAUUAUAAAUAUUAAAUAUAGAUUUGAAUUAUAGAUACUCUGAAUUAAUUGUAGCAAUUAUCAAUGUGUAUGGUUAAAAAGUUGACAGAAGUGUGGAAUUUAUGAAUGUUAAACCUAGAAAUCUUUAUAUGGAAAUAUGUGUAAUUUAAACAUUUGAGUUUGGAAUGAGGCAAUAUAAACUCAGUCACAUUUUUAACAUCAUUCAAACUUCCCUUUAAUUUUUAAUCUACUAAAAUGAUUUUUUUUUAUAGAAUAAUGAUGAAAAGGGGUGAUAAUCUAGUCCAAGAUGAAAUUUUAAUUAUUAUGUAGAAAUGUGAAUCUAGGAUUUUUUGUGAUAGCAUUGUUUACAUUACUUUCCAAUGGUGUUUUUAAAUCUCUUUUUAUGCUGGCUAAUACUAGAUCUGUAUGACAUUCUAAAAUAUUCAUAUAAUUGUGACAAUGCUUUGCUUGUUUAACGAAAGAACAUAAUAUAUUGAUGUAGCUAUUAUUCAUUUUAUUCUUGAAGAGAAUUUAAGAUAGUUUAUAAUUUCACAAAGUAUUUCGAAAAUAUUAACAUCUGUACCAUUAUAAAUACUUUUGUUAAAAUUCUUAAGGAAAAAAACAGUACUAGAAAAUUUAAUAAGGUAGAAGUUAUGUCCCUUGAGAUAAAAAAACAGAUACAGUCCACCUUCAAAUAGUUUUGAAAAAUGCUCUGUUUUAAGUUAUAUUCCAAAUACUUCUUGAAUUUAGUGCUAAAUAUAUGCAUAUUAUUACACUUGGCUCUUCUAUUUAUGUGUAAACCCACAUCUAUCAAGAGCUGGCUAAGGGAGAUAACAAUUAAAAAAAAUCAUAGUUUGUAGUUAAUAUUUUUAACAGUAAUCAGCUGGUUCUUAGUAAUAGAUUGAGAUUUUUUCAGCUAUCAUACUACAUUUACAUUUGUCCUCUAUUUAUAGAUUUUUAAAGAUGUGAAUUUAGGAAAUCUGCUUUAUAAAAUAUAUAGAUGCCCUCAGGUUAAACUCAGUUUGUAGCAUUCAUAGAAAAUACUUUCUUUGGAUGUCAGAGUAUGAAAUUUUUCAGGUAUUUUGAUCUUCCUUCUUUUAAAUCAAUAAGGACAAUCUUUUGUUACACCCAUUAUGACUAUAAAAAAGGAAGAGGGUACCUUAGGAUUGAUUUAUUUUUGGAAAGAAAUAAUGAUAGAUUUUAACACUCAUAGAUAAAGAUCCAAUAUAUAAAAAAGAUGAAAGAAUUUAUCUUUGUUCUAUAGUCAAAAAUUUUAUUUUUCAGAAAUUUAUUCUUGAAUUUAUUUUUUACAAAACUUAAAAUAGAACAACAAUUGAUGCCUUGAAGUUUCAAGUAUAAUUCUGCAAAUAUACAUGUAUCUGUACAACUUUGACAAUCUAAUUUGUAAAGAACCUUUCUAACCUUUGCAAUCUUAUAAAAGGUACAUGUAUAUACAUGUCUUGUCUUUAUAAAUUAUUACUUAAAUAAGGAUUAUACUGUCAAAAGACAAUCUUAAAAUCUGGGUCAAAAUGUCAAAAGACAAAAGGCUAUCAAAUAUUGGUCAAUCUUGUAUCUGGAUUUUAUGUCAGAAAACAAAAAGACUAUCUUAUAUUGGGUCAUUAUUUUGGAUGUAUAAUGAUUAAAGACUGUUAUAUUUAGUUCAUAACUUCAAAAGACUAAUUUAUGCUUUGUUUAUAUUUUUGAAUGACUUGUUUUAUUUUUGCCUCAUAAUUUCAACAGAAUAUCUUACAUUGAAUCAUAUUGUCAAAUGACAUUCAAAUCAUUGUCAAAAUUAACAUAAUGUUGAAAUACAUCGAUAAAAUCUCAGUUUAAAAGUGAUCUCUUUUACUAACAAUUUUUCAAGAUACAAUGUUACCACAGAUAAAAGCCAUGCUUUCAUAACUCUCAUCUUUUCAAAUGUAGAUUAUUGCUGCUCAGUUUUUUUAAAGAUAAAUCGCAGAACUCUCAGUCGCAUUCAACUUAAUGAAUCUUCAUAUGUGGAAAUUUUAAAUUCUGUUAUUUACAUCUUAUAAACUUAUAUGGUGAUGAUGAUUAGCCACAUAAUAGUGUAUUAUAAAAGUGAACAUGAAAAUUGUGCUGUCAGAAUAUUAGCAAUCGUUCCACAUUUUGUUGAAUGUUACUUUAUUGAACUCAAAAUAACUGAUGAAUGUUGACGAUAUGUUUUUUUUCGGAUGUAUUUAUGUUAUUAAGUUAUUGCUUUUUUCUACAUUCAUUUAAUUUAUAGGGUAACAAUGCUUGUUUCACAUUCGUGUGUAUCAUAAAAAAAAUGCAUAACAUGAACUGUACAUGUAUAUGUUUUUUUACACAUAACUCUUCAAUGGUGUAGAUUUUUUUAACUUAUCAUAUUGUGUACUAUUAAAGCAUAAUAGAUAAUGUCAGAAAUUAUGUUGUUGAAAUCUGUGGUUGUAAUUAUAUAUUGAAUGAGAUAAAAUAUUAUAUUUAAGGGGGUACAUUACAUAUAAGGGAGAUAACUCUUGAAGAGUCAACAGAACGUUUUAAAGAAUUCUGAAGAUCGUUUAAACAGACUAACAUUUUCAAUUGCAGAUCUCAUCUUAUGGUUUGGCUAUGAAUUAUUUUGAUGAAACGUUGUGGCUCCAUUUUGAUAAAAAUUUGUAAUAUAAAAGAAGUUUUGGUAUUUAUAAAUUCAAAAAUAUUUGAUAGAUUUAACAAAACUAUGUGCUAAGUGUACCCCCUUAAAGUAGUAUAUAGAUUUCUUAACAACAGAUCAGAUAUUGCAUUGUGUGAAAUUGUUUGUUUCAUAUCUAACUUUGUUUAGAAUUCACUGAUCUCUUUUAGUGAAAGUAUGUCUCUUGGUAAGGAGUGUGAAUGAAAGGGCACAUUUCAAAACAUAUUUAAUUGAAAUGGUAUGAAUUGUGGACUCAUCUCAAAACAAUUUCAAUAAUGAACAUCAAUGAAUAUCCCAAUUAGUACAGUUUGAGAAUUAUCUUUGACUUUUAUCUAAUGUUUAUUCAUAAAUUAUCACAUGACUUCAUUUAACUUAUGAUCUCCUUGGCUAACUUAUGAAAAGUAUAUACCGGUUAUCAGAUAUGGUCUAUACUAUAUAUUAUCUUCAUUUGUCAGCCAUUUUUUAACAUCAUAGAUGUUCCCAUUAAAUUUUGAUGGCAUAUCAAAGAGAAAUGUUGUAGAUUCUUGAAAAGCCAUUACCGUAAAUAUAUAGGUCAGACAUACAUAUAUGGGUCAAACAUUAAUAUAUGGGUCAGACAUAUAUGUAUGUGUUUGACAAUAUAUUACAUUAUCAUAUGUAGUGUCUAAUAUUUAAUAUAUUUUCUUUUAUUGCCAUAACUUUUACUUCCUAAAUACUUGAAAAAUGGCAUUAUUGAUAAUUUAAAAAUAUUCUGUGAGAUUUGCCCAAUGCUGUGACUUUAAGAUGAAGAACAACAACAAUAGUACUGCAUGUACUCAUUUGCUUUGGGUUUUCUUGAAGUGUAUGUAGGAUAUAUGUUUCAUGAACCAGUACACAAUAUCCCAAAUAAAAUAUUGAAGAUAUUUCCAAGAUAUCUUGUGUAAGCCGGCAACAUUGAAAAUGUUAUGUUUGUAGAAUGUUAGAAUUUUAUUUAUUAUCUGAAUUUGUGACAGUUCUUAGUAAUGUUUAGGAUGUUAUUGUGUUGACAACUGUACCCAAUCAUGGUUGGUUCACAGCAAAUUAGUUUCAUUUUGAUUUUUGUCAUAUUUAACUUCAAACUUGUCAAUUUCCUAACAGCUAUGAAUUUGAUUGCCAUUUUUACUUUCAGAUUUGCUGAAUUGCUUUAAUUAAACCAUAUCAUUAUCAGUGAUUAGAAUUUGGCUGGUCCAAGUUUUUUUACUUAAAAUGUGAAUUUUUAUGUAAAUGUAUAUAUUUAUUUACAGAUGAAUCAUUCAUGCUCUAGUAUUUUGUGGUUAUCCCUUUGAAUACUGGAGCAUUGAAUCAUUUAUGCUCCAGUAAUUUACUGUGGUUAUCUCCCUUUGAAUACUGGAGCAUUGAAUCAUUUAUGCUCCAGUAAUUUACUGUGGUUAUUUCCCUUUUGAUACUGGAGCAUUGAGAAACAGUUCAACGUUUUUUGAAAUCCAUAUGUUAUAAAAUUUCUUGUAAGUUUUUGAAUAGAUUUUAAUAUACAUCCUGAUCUAUUGUUCAAUAGCAUUCGAUUUUCAUUGUAGUUCAGUGUAUAAUUUUCAUGCAUUGUUUAAACUAUUUAGAUGUCAUUAGAUAACAUGUAUUUUCUUGAGGUUAAAUAGAAGAAUUACAGUUUUACUUGAGACAUACCAGUGUAUGUGAGACCAUAGCUCACCAUAUCUCAUGAGAUCUCGCACAACGAGAUUGAGGCUCAUACUUGACUUCACUCUUUGUCUUAUGUCUCAAUCGUUAAUUAAACCAGUUUAUAUGUAUGAAAAGAACAUGCCACUGUAAUGAAUAAAAACACAUAAAAACUUGA